AAGAGAGAGAGAAGGAAAAGCAUUCCACAGAAAACGAUGAAUCCUGUGUUUUCGGUUGACGAUUUCUCCUACUGCUUCUGGGCGGCUCCGGCCUCCAACGCUGCAGCUGGGAUGAGCCGAAGCCAUUCCGAGUGGGCCUUGGAAAGGUUUCUGGAAGAAGUUUCUGGUGCGGGAGACAAUGUGAUUGGUCCGUCCUUGGAGCCACCUCAGCCGUCCAUUUCGAAAGCUGAAGAAGGUGUCGGAGAUGCUGACGCGGUGGAGAUCGAAAGGCCUAACAACCAGAAUCAUAAUCCUCCUCCGUCUGAUCCAAAACCGACAGUCCCAAUUAAUUCGGAUGAUUUCCGCGCGAUCCUCGAGAGCAAGCUCGAACUAGAAUGCGCCGCGGUUGUUCUUUCUCGUGCGUUAGCUGUGAAGGCAGAAGAUUCGUCUGCUCAAGCUGAAAAUCACACGUUUCAAUCGGGAUCAAAAGUUCAAGGCAUGCUUCUGCUUUUCAUGCAGCUUAUUUGAUUUGAAAAUCAUGAGCUUCAAUUUUGGGUGAUUAGUAGUGGUUUACUUAUGAGAUUGUUUUGUUAUAAUGGGUGGUUGCAACCAUUAACGUUGAUCUUUGAGUUUUACUUUAUAUCUGUUUGCAUGACCCACUGAGCUGUAAAUAUUCGUAAUAGAAACUAAAAAUUUCAGUCAGGUUUUGGGAGGGCUCGGUGUUCCAAGUUCUAUACAGUCUUCAGAUUUGCUUGGUCUGCGGUGUGCAAGCCGAAGAAUUUGGGAGGGCUCGGUGUUCCAAAUCUGAAUCUUAUGAAUAGAACAUUGUUGGGUAAGUGGGCGUGGAAAUUUGCUAGCGAGAAGGAUUCGUGGUGGAAGAGAGCAAUCUGUUGUAAAAACAAUAUGGAUCCGAGAUCUUUUAAGUUGAAAAUUUUGAUACAUUCUCAAGCCUCAUGGAUGUGGAAAGGUGUGAUAAAAAAUUGUUCGUCUAGCGAUGAUUUUGGGGUGUGCUUUAGAAAUCAUGUGCUUUUAGAAGUUGGGUCGGGGAGGGAUAUCUCCUUUUGGCAUGAUAGUUGGGUGGGUAAUAUUCUCCUUAGAGAGGGAUUUCUGCGUAUGAUUGCACUUUCCUUAAGCAAAGAUGGGAAAAUUGAAGCCUUUAGGAAACAAUCCCCUUCGGGAUGGUGGUGGGAUGUUCAAAUGAGGAGGGAGCUAGCGGAUUGGGAGAUGGAACUGUGCGUGGAAUUGAAUGCGUUGCUUUGCAAUUUGUCGAACGAGUCUUUUAAGGAUGAUUGUUGUGUGUGGUCAGGAAAUGGGGAGGGUUCCUAUUCGGUUAGCUCUUGCAUGAAGCUUAUGAAUGCUUCAUCUGAAAAUGAUCUGUUAUGGUCUAAGAAAGUUUGGUUUGGUGUGGCUCCCCCUCGUGUUGAAACCUUUGUUUGGCAAGUUUUUCAUCAGAAGGUGGCAGUCAAAGUGUAGUUGGUAAAACGUGGUGUUUCGCUUGAAGAUUCACUUUGCCCUCUUUGUGGUUUGGCUCCUGAAUCGGUAGGUCAUUUAUUUGUUUCAUGUGGAGUGGCAUGGGAUCUUUGGACGAAAUUUUUGAGAUUGUGGAAUGUGCAGUUCGCUUUGCCUGAUAAUCCUGCUCAGCUUUUUUCUGUUUGGGGGAAUUUAGUUCCGAGGUCGAACAUUUGGAUUUUUAUCCCAGGUGCAGUUGUGUGGCCGAUUUGAAAAUUUAGGAAUGAGGUUGUCUUUGAGAAAAAGAAGCUUGAUUCGGCAAAUUUAUACUUCUUAACUAUGUAUAGAAUUUCAGCGUGGUUUUGGGUAAAAUUUCCCAAAAUUUUGAUUCCUUUUGACUGUCUUGUGGGGGAUCCUUCUAUGGCUGAUCAUUGGUCAAGCUGUCCAAGAGUUACAUCUGCCUCCUCGUCAUGGUGUUCUCCUCCUGCUGGUUUUUUCAAAGUUAAUGUCGAUGGGGCUAUGGAUAAUCAAUGGAGCAGAGGGGGUAUUGGUGGUAGACUUAGAGAUUCAGAUUGUCCUGUGUUGGGGUCCUUUUCUGAAAGUGUUGGUUUUGGGCCUCCUAUUUUGGCGGAGCUUUUGGCGUUGAAGUCUGGUUUAAGGCUAUUUAUGGAUUCCGCUUGGAGCAGAAUGGGGCGUCUAAUCCUAGAAUCCGAUUGUGCCAAAGCUGUGGAAUAAAUCAAAGGGCCUGGUUCUUGCUCUCCCUUGUUUGUCUCUGUAGUGAAGGAGAUCGUUGCUUCAGUUUUGGAGAGAAAUGUGAUUUUGAGAGUCAUUCCGAGAAGUGCUAACUGGGAGGCGGAUAAUUUAGCUAAAACAGGAAUUGGUUAAUGUUGUCUGUUUGGUACCGAAAAUGUAAAACUAAAUAUCAUGCAGUGCUUUCAUAGA